AGACGUCUCCCAGAGGCUGAGCCGGGAGAAGGGGUGGGUCCAGAUUAGCAUAGCCUCCUCCCUUCUCCCCCUCCUCCUCCAGCCCUUUCCUGAAAGAGGCUGGGGGGAGUGGUGGGGGAGUCUGCUGAAUGGCCUCUCGCUUCCCUAUUCAUUUCUUCUGCUGCUGCCUCCUGCGCUCCUUGGCCGCCGCCGCCGCCAUCCCUCGGUUGGUCGGUGAAUGAAAGGCAGAGGCUGCUGCGGGAGGCGCUGCUUUCAGAACUGCCCUGCAGACGCUGCCGGCCCGCCCCGGAGGGACAGAACCGGAGCCGGAGAUGUACGGUGUGUGUGGCUGUUGUGGUGCCCUUCGCCCCAGAUACAAGAGACUGGUUGACAACAUUUUCCCUGAGGACCCAGAGGAUGGCCUCGUGAAAACCAACAUGGAGAAGCUGACCUUCUAUGCCCUCUCAGCUCCAGAGAAACUGGACCGGAUUGGUGCCUACCUCUCUGAAAGGCUUAUCCGUGAUGUUGGCCGCCAUCGAUAUGGGUAUGUGUGCAUCGCAAUGGAGGCUCUGGACCAGCUGCUUAUGGCCUGUCAUUGUCAGAGUAUCAACCUCUUUGUAGAAAGCUUCCUCAAGAUGGUGGCUAAGCUUUUGGAGUCUGAGAAGCCCAAUCUGCAGAUCCUAGGCACAAACUCGUUUGUGAAGUUUGCCAACAUAGAAGAGGACACUCCCUCCUAUCAUCGGAGCUAUGAUUUCUUCGUGUCAAGAUUCAGUGAAAUGUGUCAUUCCAGCCAUGAUGACUUGGAGAUCAAGACCAAGAUCCGUAUGUCAGGCAUCAAAGGCCUGCAAGGGGUGGUGAGGAAGACAGUGAAUGAUGAGUUGCAGGCCAACAUCUGGGACCCACAACACAUGGACAAGAUUGUCCCUUCACUGCUGUUCAACCUGCAGCAUGUAGAGGAAGCUGAGAGCAGGUCUCCCUCACCCUUACAGGCCACAGAGAAAGAAAAGGAGAGCCCAGCAGAGCUGGCUGAGAGGUGCCUCCGAGAACUGCUGGGCAGGGCUGCCUAUGGCAACAUCAAAAAUGCCAUCAAGCCUGUACUCAUUCACCUAGAUAACCAUUCUCUCUGGGAACCCAAGGUGUUUGCCAUCCGUUGCUUUAAAAUCAUCAUGUAUUCAGUUCAGCCCCAGCACUCCCACCUUGUGAUCCAGCAGCUCCUGAGUCACCUGGAUGCCAACAGCCGCAGUGCAGCCACCGUCCGUGCGGGCAUUGUGGAGGUCCUGGCUGAGGCAGCUGUCAUUGCUGCCACGGGCUCUGUGGGUCCCACAGUGCUAGAGAUGUUCAACACUUUGCUGAGACAGCUACGGCUCAGCAUUGACUAUGCCCUGACUGGCAGCUAUGAUGGAGCCGUCAAUGUUGGCACCAAGAUCAUCAAGGAGCAUGAGGAGAGAAUGUUUCAAGAGGCUGUUAUCAAGACCACUGGUUCCUUUGCCAGCACACUGCCCACCUAUCAGCGCUCUGAAGUAAUGCUUUUCAUCAUGAGCAAGGUCCCACUGCCCUCUCUCCAUCACCCCAUGGAGACUGGAAAGACAGGGGAGAACAGGAACCGGCUGACCCAGAUCAUGCUGCUGAAAUCACUCCUUCAGGUAUCCACCGGCUUCCAGUGUAGCAACAUGCUGACUGCCCUGCCUAGCUCCUUCCUGGACCGGCUUCUUUCUGCAGCUCUCAUGGAGGAUGCUGAGAUCCGCCUCUUUGUCCUGGAGAUCCUCAUUAGCUUCAUCGAUCGUCACGGCAACCGCCACAAGUUCUCCACCAUCAGCACCCUCAGUGACAUCUCUGUCCUAAAACUGAAGGUGGACAAGUGCUCACGGCAAGACACUGUGUUCAUGAAGAAGCACUCUCAGCAGCUCUACAGGCACAUCUACAUGAGCUGCAAGGAGGAGACUAACGUUCAGAAACACUAUGAGGCUCUCUACAGCAUGCUAGCGCUCAUCAGCAUCGAGCUGGCCAACGAGGAAGUGGUGGUGGACCUCAUUCGCCUGGUGCUGGCUGUCCAGGAAGUGGCCCAUAUCAAUGAAGAAAAUCUGCCUGUGUACAAUCGUUGUGCCCUCUAUGCUCUGGGAGCUGCCUACUUGAAUCUCAUCAGUCAGCUAACUUCUGUGCCUGCUUUCUGCCAGCACAUCCAUGAGGUAAUAGAGACCAGGCAGAAGGAAGCACCAUUCUUGCUCCCAGAAGAUGUGUUUGUGGAGAGACCCAGGUUGUCCCAGAGCCUGGACCAAGUGGUGAUUGAGCUCCUCUUCCGUCAGAGUAAGAUCAGUGAGGUCCUAGGGGGCAGUGGCUACAAUUCUGACAGGCUCAGCACACCUUACAUCCCUCAGCUGACAGAUGAAGACCGCUUGUCCAAGAGGAAGAGCAUUGGUGAAACCAUUUCCCUUCAGGUGGAGGUAGAAUCGAGGAACAGUCCAGAGAAGGAGGAGAGAGUGCCCGCUGAGGAGAUUACCUAUGAGACCCUAAAGAAGGCCAUUGUGGAUAGUGUGGCAGUAGAGGAACAAGAGCGUGAACGGCGACGGCAGGUGGUUGAGAAGUUCCAGAAGGCACCUUUUGAGGAGAUUGCUGCACAUUGUGGGGCCCGGGCAUCACUGCUGCAGAGCAAACUGAACCAGAUCUUUGAAAUCACCAUCCGACCUCCCCCGAGCCCAUCUGGUACCAUCACAGCAGCCUACGGCCAGCCACAGAACCAUUCCAUCCCCGUCUACGAGAUGAAGUUCCCUGAUCUAUGUGUAUACUGAGUGCCAAGAGUCAGAGCCCCUGUAGAGGAUGGGUCUGGGGAAGGUGAUCCCCACCCCCAUCCCCUACAGCAUGGAAUCCUGAGAUCCCAGGGGAGAAAUAGAACUUCCAAAUGGUGGGCACCUUCCUGAGAGAACAAGUUCCCUCAACCCUCCUCUUCUUCCUGUUCCACCAUCCCAGCUUCACCACACUCUCUUUCAGGCCCUCUAUACGAAUGGGAGUCUACCCUGCCCAGGCUGCCUUGCUUUCUAUGUCAUCUGGGGUCCUUUGAGGAAAGAUUUGGGGUUUCUUUCCCAGUAAGGGUCAGAGAGCCCUGGUGAGCCUUUGGUUGAUGAGUUGGAAGAGUUUUUCUUGGGGCAGCACCUAUGAACAGGCUCUCCAUGUUUCAAAGGAGGGGAUCUACCAAGGAUCUCAGUGGCUUUUGAGCCCAAUUUACCACCUAGGGUUGAACAGAAAAUGGAAAUAAGGAAAGGAGGCAUCAGACCUUUGGGGUAGCAUUGCCUAGAAAAAGGAAAAUGUUGAAGUCUCUCUCCAGGAAUUUCCCAACUACCAAGUGGAAGUUUGGAUCCCCACCAAAAAGAGCUGCUUCAGAAGGGGUGAGGUGUACUAAGAACUUCAUCCUCCCUGAGUAACAGACUGAAGUCCCUUCUGCCUGAUGUGAAAAUCCACUGCACAGUCAGGCCCGGGGGCUAGGCAGAAGGGAAUGGGGUGCCUUAGGAAUUCGGGGGGAAACAGCUGGGACUGUGGCAACUCUAAGACCAGGAUCUGAGAAGAAGCAUGGGACAUCCUUUCUGGGGAUGCCAGUGCUUGCCAAGUAGUUGAUACCAGCAAUUUUUUCCUGCUUUUGUUCACCCACAAGAGUUGACUUGGGCCAAUCUCCACAGGACCCCUAGUGUCAGAGUUUAGAGGCAUUAUGGGAACCUAAAAUGAAAUUAAGGGCAAAGUCUAAUCUGACAAAGGGAAAUAAAAUCUAUCAAGAUUGUGGAGUGGGGAGAGAAGGGAACAAGGCCAACUUCAGCCUCGAUGUUGACCAGGGAGGCAAAUACACUGCAUCCUUGGAGUCCUGCAUCAUGAGAAGUUAUACCAGAGAAUGCUCCUCAACAGCAAGCAGAGGCCAGAAAGACCGUCUCUGCUUAACUCCACCACUGCUUGUGGUUCCUCUUUGCUCUUUUAUCAUCUCUACCCUGCCUGAGACACUGGGUUAUGGUGUCUCAUUGGUCUCUCCCUGUGAGACAUAGAUCAAUUGCUGGAAGUUCUAGGCUUGAGGGCAGAAUGAGAGGUGGCACAAGACAAAAGACACCUUCUUAAAAAGCAGGAGAUGAUAGAAUGCUUCAAUGCCCUGCCCUGAAUCAUUCCCUCAUAGGGAAAGAUAUUUGCCCUGCCCUGGGCAGAGGGUUACUGGGACUGCCAUUCCUAUGAUGGGAGUUUACCUGCCAGCAAUGAGAAUAUUGGAUGUAUCCACCAAGGAAUGAGUGGGUUAGCUGUCCGCCUUGGGAGUGCACUAUGAGUACCUGUGUAUGUGUGUAGGGUGGGGUGGGAAAGGGGAAGUGUAUGUGUGUCUCUUGUUAGUCUAUAUGUAUAUUUUAUCCAAAUGAAGUGAUAACUCUAGACUCCAGAAGGUAGAGCAGAAGCUCCUUUGAAUUCUAGAUUUUCAGGUGCCCCAAGAACCACACACCUUGUAGGUACUCAAUAAACUUUUUAUAAAUGAUGGUGACAACAAGUUGUUGCAAAAGCCCAAUCAGAACCCAAUACACAUAUGGCCCCAAACAAUAUGGGAAAGUGAGGAGGGAAGAUUGUCUUCAAUGUGCCCCAUUCUAUUCCUGUUGAUCCUGCCAAGGGCCAACCUUUUAUAUGGACCAUGGCUUAUCUAGAGCCCCAGAUGACAGAUUCCUACAGGCACAUCUCUCUCUCUAGAUAACUCUUCUAAAAUAACUCUUCCUCUAAAAGAACCCUCCUUCCUCCCCCAAUCCUUUAAACUGUCCCCAAACUCUCAUUUAUUAGUGUAGCUGAGAUAAUUCAUCUGAGGAUGGGAGUAAAUUAUACCUUGGUUAGUAGUAUGCCCCCUUCUAGGAGGAGGGAGGGAAGGAGGGAGGGAGGGAGGGGGAGAGAGAGAGAGAGAGAGAGAGAGAGAGAGAGAGAGAGAGAGAGAGAGAGAGAGAUGGAAGAAAAAAAGGAAUUUGAUCUAUAUUCUCUCCCAUCCUAAGUGAAGAAAAGGGAAAUUUGAGCCCAACUAUCAUAAUGCUGUCACCUCAGGCCUUUGCUUUUAUAGUUUUAGUACUUACCAUAUUGUUCUGAAUAUAAAACACGUGAAAAUCUAGGGUACUGUUCUAAAACAGGAUCCCUUUUUUAAAAAAUGUAUAGUUGAGUCGUACAAUGGAAAGCAGCACUCCUAAGCCAUUCUAAAGUUUUGUGCAACCCACGAUGUGUUAGAGGAAAAAAAUGCCCCCAUCUUCAACUCAAUCUGUUACCACACUAUUUGUAUGGCAGGUGGUAUCAGAGUUGGAAGGGCCCUCAGAGACCACCUGGUGAUACCUAUCAGAAAAAAAAAAAGAUCUCCCAGAUAACAUGUCUGAGAAGUAAUCAUUAGCCUUUACUUAGAGACUUUGAGUAAAGGGGAACCCACUAGCACUUAAGGUAGCUGACUCCACUUUUAGACACCUCCAACUCUAAGGAUGUUUUUCACUCCUUAAAACCUAACAUUAAUCUCUUUCCUCGUUCCUCAUUCUGCCCUCUGUGGUCAAACAAAACAUACCUGAUCCUCCUUUCAUGUAAGGGAACUUGAAAUACUUGAAGAAAUUGAUCACGUGUCCCCCACCAAGCCUUCUCCUUCCCUAUGCCAGGUCUCCUUGGUUCUUUAAAUUGAUUCUUCUCAGGCAUGAUCUUAAGGCCAAUCACUAACUUGGCCACCUUCUUCUAGCUUAUCAAUGUUCUUCCCAAGAUGCAAAUCAGAACUAAACAAAAUGCUCCAGCCAAGGGAGUCUCCUCUGAGGAGAGCAGAAUUAUUCUCUCCUGGCUCUGCAAUCUCUGCCUCAAUUAAUGCAGUUUUAGGUUGCAUGUGUUCCCUGACAUCCAAGAUGGAGGGCAUCCAGAAUUAUAAGCAUGAAAAUCCAUUACAUUUUAGAUAAUAAAACAUUUCUUCUUAAUAUAGCAACUUAAAUUUUGAGUGAACGUCAAAGCACACAGUUUCUUAGAAGAAACUUGGAAGACAGGAAUCCUGAGGGACAAACUAGUCUUCUGACACUAACUAGUUCUUUAUGAUUAUUCUUAACACUUUGUCACUUAACUCUAAACUUAGCUUUAAGAGAAGACCCAGGGCAGCUUAGGUGGAGCAGUGGAUAAAGCACUGACCCUGGAUUCAGGAGGACCUGAGUUCAAAUCCAGCCUCAGACACUUGAUACUUACUAGCUGUGUGACCCUGGGCAAGUCACUUAACUCUUAUUGCCCCGCAAAAGAGGGGAAAAAAGAAAACCCUGUUUCUUUCUUACUUGACUUUAGUCACCCUCUCUCUCCCCUACCUGUAAGUGAUGUUUCUCAUAUCUGUGGUACUGAGAGUUGGGGAUCAUAACAUCACUGAUUUAGAGCCAGAAGGGAGCUUGUGGGCCACCUAGUCCAUCCUCCCCUUCCCAUUCCUCCCUCUUCUAUUUUACAGAUAAAGGAUAGUGAGGUUCAGAUUUAUAUAAUAAUAUUUCUAUGACACCUUUCUAAGGAGCCUACAGACGAGAGUAAUUCCCCUAGAAGAUGACUGCUGGCCUUGGUUACCUCUGUUCCUUAUUCUAUUGUGAGGGAAAAAAACAAAAAAGAACAAACACAUAUCUCUAGAUACAUGAUUUAAAUCAGUGGUGUCAAACUCAAAUAGAAACAGGGCCACUAACCCAUAUGUAAGGACCCCUGGGGGGACUGCAUUUUGCUUAGAAAACCACAUCUUCAAACACUUGACACUUACUAGCUGUGUGACCUUGGGCAAGUCACUUAAUCCUCAUUGCCCAGCAAAAAAACAGAACAAAACACACACACAGAAAAGAAAAAAAGAAAACCACAUCUUAACAUUAUCUUUGUUCUGCUGUACUUGUAUUCAUUUGGUUAAAUAUUUCCCAAUGACAUUUGCAUCUGACUGUGGGGCCUUGUAUCUGACACCUCUGACUUAAAGCAUCAAUCCUAUGUCCCUCCCCACCUCCUUCAAUCAGGGGAAGCUUUUCUGUACUUUUAUUUAUUUUCUCUUUGUGAAGAAGCUACUUCUGACUCUUCUGGUAUCUGAGUUAAAUAAUGUCUAUUACCUAAUUUAAUCAAAAGGGAGACUGAAUUGUCCUGAUAAAAAUUAGCAAGAAGCUGCAAUAGAACAUGAAAUUUUGACUCAAAGGGGCUGGAUGUGGAUCCUGGUUCUGCUAAAUCACUUAUGUGACUGGAGGCAAAACACUUCUCUCUGGGCCUCAGUUUCCUCGUCUGUAAAAGGAGGGAGCUGGACUAGAUCACAGGAUCCUAUGGUUAAGAGCUGAAAGGGACCUCAAAGAUAAGCCAGUCCAGUGUCGUCAUGUUGCAAGGGAGGAAACAGAUGAUCUCCGAGGUUUUUCCAGCUCUUGAUGAUAGGAAUCUGUAAAAAUUCUGCCUCAAAGUCAGUGCCUUACAAUAUGGCAUUAGAGAAGAAAUCAGGACUUAAAAUGGCUUCAUGCCCCACUAAUGGCCCCAGGGAAUGAGGGGGAGUUUGCAUCCCCUUCCUUCCCAGGCCCCUUUUGCUAUCUGUGCUGUUCCAUGUGAUGAAGCUUUUUUCCUCUUGUGGGCAGAGGCAGCCAGAAACUAUCUUUCAGUCCAAUCCAGCAAACUUACUGAGCACCUGCUACAUACAAGGCCCAGUGCUAUGUGGAGACAAAAAACAAAAACAAACCACAGUCUUUGCCCUCAAGCAGUUUAUACUCUAGGUGACCAAGCUCAGCAGGAGACCCCAUUAUUCUCCUACUAGACAGAAGAUGAGCUUCUGCUCUGAGAGGACUGAGGGGGUGGAUGCAGCUACAGCUUUCCUGAGAAGGCUUAAUCAGAUGUGAAUAUAUUUGAAAUCCCCAAUUUCUCUUAAGAUGAUCCAGGUAAAUGUACAAAUUUUCUUUCAGGUAGGGACCUUGGGGUCCUGUGGUUAUAUUCCCCUUUCUUCCUCUUCUCAUUUGAGAGCAUAAAUCUAGUAACUCUCCUUCCUUAAGACACCCUCUUAAUAGAAAGUGAGGUUGGGAGAUUAGGGGUGCCAAGAGAGAGACAAACGAGCAAGCCAGGCUGCAUGAAGUGGGUAAUCACCAUGCUCACUGCCCCCAGGCAGUUAACAUUUGGAUGAAAUGGUCAAUAGAGAUGGGGACUGCACCUAUGAUUUCAUUGGUAUGGGGAAACUUCCUGCCAAUGUGAUUUGGCACCUUCUCUAUAAUUUAUGGGCAGCUAGGUGGUACGGUAGAUAGAGCAGCAGGCCUAAGGAAGACUCUUCUUCCUGAGUUUAAAUCUGGCCUCAAACAAUUACUAGCUGUGUGACCCCGGUUUGCUUCAGUUUCCUC